CUUGGUUACUGAUGUACAAAUCGGCGUUUGGAGAUCCUCCAAAUAUGACGUGGCCGUAAGGCUGUCAGCUUGCGCAAAUGUCCACACAGUUCACCUGACCAGACAGGGUGUGUGGGCGAGGAGGAGGAGGGGGCGGUGGUGGCAUGCGUGUGGGCAGCAGCUGGAGGCGGCAUCUCUCCCGAGCCAUGCGACCGGCGCUGCGAUGGUGCCGACCGUGCCGUCCAAAGACAGGGGGUCGAGGCAGGGGAGGCCAGCCGCAGCCCAGCGGCGGGCUUCGGGAGUUGUGGAGCUACAGCAAACUGCUGCUCAAGUCUCUUUACUUCAACAGCCUCACCAACUCGGACACGCUACUCGACUGCGCUUUCGAACCCGUGUACUGGAUCGUGGACAAUGUGACUCGCUGGUUUGGAGUGGUGUUUGUCACUCUGGUCAUCCUCCUGACCACCUCGGUGGUGGUCAUCGUCUAUCUGUACGUCCUACCCACAAUCCUCGGCACCUACGCCGCGCCGUGGAUCAUCUGGCACCUGUGCUGCGGCCACUGGCUCCUCGUCAUGCUGGUCUUCCAUUACUACAAGGCCACCACCACCUCCCCCGGACACCCGCCCAAGGACAAUAUCCAUAUUCCCUCUGUGUCCAUUUGUAAGAAAUGUAUCAAUCCGAAACCAGCCAGGACGCACCACUGCAGCAUCUGCAACACCUGUGUCUUGAAGAUGGACCAUCACUGUCGUAUCCUUGUAACUACCACUGAACACGCCUCCAGCUUGGCUCAACAACUGCGUGGGCCAUUUCAACCACCGCUAUUUCUUCUCCUUCUGCCUCUACAUGACUCUGGGCUGCAUCUACUGCAGCGUCAGCAGCAGAGACAUGUUCCUAGAGGCCUACAAUGCUGUCGAGAGUUACUAUCAGACCCCUCCCCCGCCAUACACGUCCACACAGACAACAGCCCACAAGAGCAUCAUCUUUCUUUGGGUGCUGACCAGCUCCGUGGCGGUCGCCCUGGGAGGGCUGACCCUGUGGCACGCCGCGCUCAUCAGCCAAGGGGAGACCAGCGUGGAGCGCCACAUCAACCGCAAAGAGAGAAAAAGACUCAAGGAGCAGGGCAAGGUGUUCAAAAAUCCAUAUCAUCACAGGAAAAUGGACAACUGGAAGCGGCUGCUUGGUGUGGAGACACGCAAUCACUGGUUGACCCGUGUUCUCCUGCCCUCGAGUCAUCUUCCCAAAGGCGACGGCAUCAUGUGGGACUACACCUUUACCAGGAAAGACCCCAUGGCUAUCUGACCCAUCCACACCUCAAGCGCUCGAUCAUCUCACUGUAGUUCUCGCUGUCAGGUCGAUGGAGAGGAUUUUUCAAAAGGUGUUGCUGGUCAGCGUUCGCUCCAUUCUCCUGCUCCUUGGCAAUGGUUGAAGACGUGUGCUGUUCCCGACCUGCAGAUGCAACUCAACAUCCAGAUGGAGGACAAAUAAUAAGACGCAUGUCUUUUUUUUAGACCACCUUUGUGCCUAAAGGCAGCCUUCCAAAGUGACCCCAAAUGGCUGUCAAAUGUUAACUCUGAGACCAAUGUGAUUAUUUUUACAUUAGUCUUCCAAAAUCGGUUGGCUGAUUUUUUUUGUUAUUUUUCUUAUCACUUACGGUAUAUUUUGCUCAUGAAUUAUCCAUUGUGAGAAUGGCAACGAACACUCAGUGGACACAAUAUUACACUUGCAGAGAUCCAAUAAAAGAGUUCAAACAUCCAUUUUAAUGCCAUACCAAGUGUACAUUAAUUCAUAAUUUUUCUGUACUGCUUAUCCUCACUUGGGUCGCAGAAGUGCUGUAGCCUAUCCCAGCUAUCUCUGGGCAAGAGGCGGGGUACUACCUGAACUGGUCGCCAGCCAAUCGCAGGGCACAUAGAAACAACCAACCAUUCGCACUCAUAUUCACACCUACGGGCAAUUUAGUCUUCAGUUAACCUCCUAUGCAUGUUUUUGGGAUGUGGGAGGAAACCGGAGUACCCAGAGAAAACUCACGCAGGCAGGGGAAGAACGUGCAAACUCCACACAUCCACUGUGCCGCUCCAAGUGUACAGUCACCUUAUAUUACCAGAUAUACACAAUUGCCCCUGCAAUUGGUUGUUAUUGGAGAGCCUCAACCGAGAUACGAGGCAAACGUGCUGUCUCUGUACAACUUCACCCCAAUAAAAAAUAAACAUUGUUAAAUUAACUAAGUGUCAAGUCAGCAUUAUCAGAUUUUUUUUUACAUGUAUUGUACGAUAUUGCAGUUUGCAAGUGUCCCUAAUAAUGUGGCCAGUGAGUGUUUUGUGAUUAUGAAAUGUCACUGUUAAUCUACUGACAACAUUUGCACGUGGCACUUUAUAGUGGGGAAAACAGGACAGCUCAAAAAUAUUUUAGUUAUUUUUGUGAGUCAUCUAAUAUUGAUAGUGUGGAAACAAUGUUUUGUGUGUGUGUUUUAUGAUGCAAAUAUCCUCAUCAAUUGAAGAAUUCUGGUGCCAAAUAAGGGGGCAAUGAGACAGGCAACAUAGCACGUUGCCCCGUGCCUUGUCUGCUUGUUCAACCAAUUAUUUAGUCUGUGAAUUAAGGUUCUAGAUUUGGACUUUUUUUGCUUUGUAGUGCAGUAUGUGGUUGCCAUAGAAACAAAACAUGUAACAGUGAGUGAUAUCAUGCCCAACAAAAAAAAUAAGAGCUGUGCUCUCAUUUGAAUUGCUGUCCUUUUAAUAAAGCAAACACUUGCUACUACUGUAUUGCAUAUUGAUGAUUUUGUGAUUAAAAACAAAGAAUGCUUUCCA